AUGAGGACAAAUCCGUUGUUGCUUCAGACACUCUCUCUGUACACCCCCAUCCACGAGGAUGGGUACUGUUCCAUGUAUGGGGUUGGAGGGAAAACGUCCUUUUUUGGGCCACAACUCCCACAGGCAAAUAACACUAGAGCUGUGAAGCUGUCAUUAGGAGAACGAGAGAAGUUGGUCGAUAUAUGUGGUUCUUCUUGGGAAAAUACCCGGUAUUCCUGUUGUUCCGAAGAGCAAAUGACUCAAUUAAGAGAUAACCUUGCAAAGGCCGAGGCGUUGAUUUCAUCGUGUCCUGCAUGUAGGGAAAAUUUUAACCAAUUAUUCUGUCAUUUCUCAUGUUCACCAAACCAAUCGAGAUUUGUUGACGUGGUUGCGACAAGGGCCGCAACGAACGGCGUCGAAGUAGUAGAUGAAGUUGAUGUUUACAUAUCCGAUGAAUAUGCUUCUCCUCUAUUUGAAUCAUGCGAAAAUAUCAAAUUUGGGUUGACCAAUGGUUAUGCAAUGGAUCUCAUUGGUGGUGGGGCAAAAAACUACACUGAUUUUCUCAAAUUCUUGGGUGAUAAAAAGCCUCAAAUUGGGGGGUCUCCCUUUCAAAUCAAUUUCAAAUAUAACCUGCCAAACUCAAAUGAUAAUUUACAACUUUUCCAAAUUGAUGCUAAAGUAUGUAAUGAUUCCGAUCCUCAAUUUGCAUGUGCUUGUUCGGACUGUCCACAGGUUUGCCCAGAAUUGGAGAAAUUGCCAAGCAGAAAGAGCUGCAAAAUAUCAAAUAUAUCAUGUACGUCAUUUAUUAUUUUAGUUAGUUAUUUUUCAUUAUUGUUGACCUAUUUGAUAAUAACAACUUUUCUGAAGUUUCAAAACAAAAAAAAAAAUUCAAGUCAAUGGCUUACUGAUGACAACGACGUUGAAGUUGAAAUUGAAGAUGAAUAUGUAUCUGGAAGAGGAGGUGGAGUUGAAUAUCAAACGGAUAUAUUGGAAGGUCGAUCUAAUAUAUCUUUAUCGUCUCAUACAACUUUAAAUUUACAAUCAUUACGACCAAGGAAAACAUAUAUUGUGAACAAUUAUUUGGAAAAAUGUUUUUACAAUAUAGGAUACUUUUGUUCUAAACAUUCGACCUAUGUACUGACGGUUGGAAUUUUCAGUAUUAUGGUACUGAGUUCAUUUGUGUACUAUAUUAGAUUUGAAACUAACCCUGUGAAUUUAUGGGUCAGUCCAACUGCAAAGGCAUACAUUGAAAAACAAAAGUUUGAUGAGAGUUUUAAACCUUUCUAUAGGACACAACAGAUUAUAUUAUCAAAUUCUACUGGUGGUUCAAUCUUACAAGACUAUGAAGCGAUAGAAUGGUGGUUUGAAAAAGAAAAACAAAUCCGCAAACUCCCAGCAAAUGUCAUGAUCGACGGAGUAGUUGAAGAGGUUACUUAUGAUGACAUUUGCUUCAAACCACUCGAAGAUACUUGCGUCUUGGAAAGUUUUACACAGUAUUUUGAUGGUGAGAUAUCAAAGUUACCUGAGAAAACAUGGGAAAAUCAGAUUGUAAAAUGUUCAAAAUCUCCGGUGGAAUGUUUACCAAGUUUCCAGCAACCUUUGAAGAGCAAUUUGCUUUUUGGUGGAAGCAAAGGCGAAGAUGUUUUGUCGUCAAGGGCAAUCAUUGUUACCCUUUUAAAUAAUAACGACAAUGAUGUUGAAAGUGACCAAGUUAUUCGUGCUUCAGCUUGGGAAAACGAACUCGAGGAAUUUUUGUUGAUAAAUGUGACUGCAGAGGCCAAACAGCUGGGAAUCAAUUUAAGUUUUAUGACGGAGGUAUCCCUAGAGAAAGAGCUAAAUAAGUCUACAAACACCGAUAUCCGAAUAGUCGUUAUCUCAUACAUAAUUAUGUUUGCGUACGCAUCAUAUGCUCUUUCAAUGCUACAACAUGGAGCUAGACAAAUCUCUUUCAUAAACGCCUCGUUUAUCACACCAUUUGGUAAAGUUUCUGGAAAUAACAUCCUAUUAAAAUUUUUGGCUAAAUCAAGAUUCGGUUUGGGCUUGGUAGGAAUUUUCAUUGUUUUAUUUUCGGUUUUUAGUUCGAUGGGGUUCUGGAGUUUUUUAGGGUUAAAGUCAACUCUCAUAAUUGCAGAAGUGAUACCAUUUCUAAUUUUGGCUGUUGGAGUUGAUAAUAUAUUUUUAAUAUGCAAUGAAUUUGAACAUGUCGAUGAGCUAACCGUCACAAGUUCAUUAUCCUUGCAUGAGAAGAUUGGAAAAACCAUGGCGAAUAUAGGUCCCAGUAUUGUUCUAAGUUCGCUAUGUCAGUUUCUUUGCUUUAUUUUAGGCAGUUUUGUUGAUAUGCCAGCUGUGAAAAACUUUUCCUUGUACAUCUCUGUUGCAAUCGUUUUCAAUACAUUAUUGCAAAUAACAGUUUUCAUUUCCGUCUUAUCAUUGGAUAAGAUGAGAAUUGAUAGUGGAAGGUUGGACCUGUUACCGUUUAUCAAAGUUGAAGCUGACUCGAUCUCAUUACCGAUUGACAGUGAAGAUGGAGAAUUAAACCUUGGAUUGAGUCAAAUACUAAGUGAAACGAACGCUUCGGGUAGUGGACCAUUUCAGCUAUUUAUGAAAACAAAGUAUAUCCCCUUUAUUUUCAAAAAGGAAGUUAGGAAUUUCUUGAUAUUUGCAUUUUUGGCUGUUUUUGGUAUCUCUUUGUCAUUAAUUCCAAAUAUGGAACUGGGGUUGGACCAAAGAAUUGCAUUGCCAUCAGAUUCGUACAUGGUCAACUAUUUCAACGAUGUUUACGAAUACCUAGAUGUUGGACCUCCAAUUUAUUUUGUUGUCGAAGAUUUAAAUGUAACUUCGAUAACGAAUCAAAAAAAACUAUGUGGUAAGUUUACCACCUGUGAACCGUACUCAUUAGUUAAUAUUGUGGAACAAGAAUAUAAGAGAUCCAACCAAAGUACAAUUUCUGAGCCUGUUUCCAGUUGGAUCGAUGACUUUUUAAUGUGGCUCAACCCUGAAUUGAUUGACUGUUGUCGUGUCAAGAAGAAGGCUCCAGACUUGAUUUUCUGCGAUCCGUAUGCACCACCAAGACAAUGUGAAACGUGCUAUGAAAAUAAAGAAUGGAGUUAUAGGAUGGAUGGUUUUCCAGAGGGGCCCGAUUUCAUGACUUACUUUAAUGAAUGGAUUGACGCACCGUCAUAUCCAUGUCCAUUGGGAGGUAAGGCACCAUAUGCAAACUCAGUUUACGUCCAAAAUAAUACAAUCAAAAGGCACGCUUUUAGGACUUCACAUGCGCCCUUAAGAUCACAGAAGGAUUUUAUCAAUGCUUACCAUAAUUCAUUAAGAAUCAUCGAUGAAAUUAAAGAAAAUAACAGGGAAAUCGAUGUAUAUGCAUAUUCUCCAUUCUAUAUAUACUUUGUUCAGUAUGAGGAUAUUAAAAAAUUAACAUUUUCAUUGAUUGGUAUUGGAUUACUACUCGUUGGCUUUGUGUCCUUAUUUCUUCUAGGAUCAUUACGUAACUCAUUGGUUUUCAUUCUCAACUUGAUAUUAAUCAUCUCGAGUAUCCUCGGAUGGAUGGUAUUUGCGGGUAUUACUCUCAAUGCCGUUUCAUUGGUUAACUUGUUGAUUUGUGUUGGCUUAAGUGUAGAGUUUGCUGUCCAUAUGUUCAAGCAUUUCAAUUUCAACGAAACUUACAUAAAUAAGAGAGAGCGUGCACUGGAUUCAUUAGGUUAUAUAGGUACAACUACGCUAAGUGGCAUCGCCUUGACAAAAUUGAUUGGUAUAAGUGUCUUAAGUUUCACCCACAGCAAGAUUUUCCGCAUCUACUACUUCAAGAUGUGGGCAGGUCUCGUCGUCAUUGCCUCUGUGCAUGCCCUUGUGGUGGUUCCCCUCUUGCUUUCUAUGAUCGGUGAUAAUAAAGUGUUUGGACACAGUAACUGGUCCAAAAUAGCUACCAACUAG